AUGUACAACGAAGUCCUUCACACGGUGCCGUUUUCAUACUGCACCUCCGAGGAAUCCGCCGGGAGUACUUCAGAGUCCGAGGAGUCGUCUAGCAGUGGCGAAAACACCGCGGACGAGGAUUGGGUGGCUUCCGGCAGCGAUGCUGGUAAUGAAUCUGAUGUACCGCCUGUGCCCAAUUCCAACGCUAACCCACCAGGCACCCAAGGCACUCUCGUGAAGCCUGCAGCACCUGCCAAACGCGUCCGACGUACCAAGAAGCCACCCAAGGAAAAAAUAGCCCGAGAGCACAGACCCGUCGUGCGACAAGUACGCGCGUGCGGAGAACGAGAGAACAAGAUGCCAGGGCAGGGCGGAAGCAUCUACAGGCGGAGGCACGAGGUUGAAGAGAAACUGCAGCCAGCGAAGGCCGAAACUCAGCAGGUGGCGUCGGGGGCGCAGGGGCACUAUCAGCAGCCCAACGUACGAUCUGGAGGCGUGGAAGCAGUCGCGAAGCCGGGUGAUGCCAGCCAUCAUGCACCGGCAUCACCUCAAGCUGGUCCGAGCCGUACGCAAGCCGUGUUGGACGCAGGCUCACCCGACCAUGGUCGUAGGCGCUCUGCUGCCUCCGAGUUGAACCCAUCUGCUCUCGUCACACCACAGAGGAAGGAGGUGUCCAUCAUUGCGCGUGGGCAGUCAAUGUGCAAACCGACGGGACAGUAUUGUUCUCCUAGGCGACAACAAAUGCUCUCUCCCGCAUCUGUGAGGGUUGCUGAAGCUCCGAGGUCCCCAUUAGUGAAUCACUCCCCCGCCCACGCAGGUCGAUCGGCGAACCUUGGCGCUGGACUCCCUGGAAUGGUACCGACCCCUUUCUUUGACGGUGGCGUGGGCCAGGCUGCCGCCAUGGAUGUCGAGCACGGUGACUCGUCUCCCGAGGAGGACACGAAUGGCAAGGACGAGGCGGAUCGUGAUGUGUUGGAGCUGCAUAGGCUGCUGCGCAACAUUCGCGCACGGAAUGGUGGUGAUUUAUCGGCGGUUCUUGGAGCCGUUGGAAGUCGUGGCACCGCUAUGCUAGGCGCAGAUGAGAUGGAGGUGUUGGGGAGUAUUGGCAGCGGUGCCCCCCAACGUGGCGAACGAGGCAAGGCUCCAGUCUCAGGGGGGCAUGGUAGCCCGCACCCUUCUACAAGUCACGGACAUCGUCACGCUCGUACUGCUUCUCGCGGGUUUCAGCCUGAAGUGCCGCAUACUCAACCUUCUAUACCUGCACCGCUUCCCUCACAGCCCGCCCCCAAACCCCAGGCAGGUGUCCGCGGGACUCAUGCUGCACCUCGUGCCCAGAUGAAUCGGGGCAUGUACAACAACCGACUGGGGAAGGAGCGUGAGCACCUCAUCAACACCCACGGUGCUGCACACGGAUCCGGUCCGCCGGCCUCAGCACCACGUGUUGGUGGGAGUGACAAGGGGCAGCCAUCUUACCGGACACGCGGAGCCGGGCACCGCGACCUUGGCGCAGGGGCGGACAUGGGAAACCAGGGCCGUGGUAUGAAACGGGAGAGGAACGUUCCUCAGAUGACUCUGAUCAUCGACUAUGAUCCGGAGAGGAGCGGCGAGGGCCUGAUUCGGGGCAUGCCGUCACCGGAUGAGAUCGUGGUGCACGCCAAGUUGGCCAUGGACUUCCUUCUCCGCAACUGUUCGGCUCGAGGUGUGACGCUGUUCCCCUCCAACACCGUGAGGAACGAAGCGUUGCGUAUCAUACUUCGAGCCACGCACGACGUGAGCUACAUACAGGUCUCAGUGGCCAUGUCGAAGACGGAAUACAGCUCCAAGGUGCACAAGGUGUGGACGAAGUUCCGCAACGACUCCUCGUCGUUCGGCCGCUACAAGAUCGUGUGCGGCCUUGGGAUAGACGUCGUGGGCAGGGGGGUGUACAAGAUGAAGCUCGACCCGAAGAAGAAGGCGGAGUGGUGGGAAACACUUGGCCCACAGGAGCACGAGGGGCACAAGGUCUCCUCGUGGAGCAUUGCAGUGGGAGACAGGAGGCCCUUCACCAGCGCCCUCUUCUUUGCGGCGUGCAAAGCGGCCUACCCGGAGUGGGUCACGGCUGACGGCAUCCUCGUGCUCGUCCCCUACCACAUUGCAUGGGUGCUGUUUUCGUUCGACUAUGGCAUGACGAAUACGAAGAGCAAGUCGCUGACCCUCUCACAGAGCCCACAGACCAACGAUCGGGAGAUGGUGGAAGUGGUGGCUGAGGUAGAAGAGGCCAUCAAGAUGUGGCUGGUUGUCGCAAAGGGGCGGUUGUAUGUGCCUGAGCUAGGGGCGUUCAAGUGGGGUGAAGCCGGUCUAUUCAUCAACGAGUCCGGGUUUCAGGAGUACCUGCCGGAGGAGUAUCGGGUGCGCUCAGCAGCGGAAUCGGGUGACAAGGAGCAGUGGAUGGCGUGA